AUGAGGGUUCUGGCGCUGCUACCGAUUCUUUUGCUACCUCUGGCCCAGCCUGUUCCGCUCGAACCGCCCGCCCAGCUUGUCCUCUCGCCAAAUGCGACCCCCGAUGUCGACACAGCCUCACCGCUAUCGCAACCCGCGAGACCGGCGUACUACGACGUACGGGAACGAGGAGGGUCGAUGCUGAACCGGAACCGAUGGAAGGCCGGCGAGCCACUCAACGUGAUUGUGUCGGCGCAGUCAAGCCCAGGAGUGCUGAGCGAGUCCGGCUUCAUUGCGUACUCGAGGUCUCUGGGUCUUUGGAACGAGUGCGCGAACCUGCACUUCGGCGACCCGCAGGAAGCGAACCUAGGCGAUGGCAAAGGAUGGGAGCAGGAGCUGUACGUCAUGCGGGAAUCAGUCUGGCCAUUCCCGAUCGUUGGUGCUUGCUUGGAGAGCGUGACAGGCGGGAAUCACUUUCGGGCGUACCGGCAGAACGGAUCAGAGGCGGAUUCGGGAGCUUGGUUUCUUGCGGCGUCGAAGGAGCUGGAUCUCCGCGGCAAGCACAAGAUCAUCCCGGACGGAUACAACAUUGGACGUGACUGGAUCAUCGAGCAAGCUGGCCGGGGGACGUGGUACCUGAACAGGCGGUACUCGGCGCAGGUCGAGUGGCUCGAUGGCUUGCUAGAGCCGGGUAACAAGGGCAUCGCACACGGGAUCGCGCAAGACGGGCGAGUCGCCCUCCUGACUGUCCGGCAGUAUUAG